AUGAAGAUGUUUGUUUCUUUCCCAAUAUAUUUAAGACAACAUUCUAUAGAGAGAUAACCUCUGCUUAUAAUUGUUGAUGCUCAUAUGGGAGUUUAGCAUAUCAAUAUUCAAGUAUUUGGAAACAAUAUUUUAAAGACAUUGAAUUAAAGAAAAUUAUUGAACAAGAUGUGAUCCGAACUUCCCCUGAAGUUGAAUAUUUUGGAACAAAAAAAAUUCGAAACAUAAUGAUUGAUAUAUUAUUUUGUUAUUCAAGGGAACAUCCUGACUUGAGCUAUAGACAAGGUAUGCAUGAAAUCCUCGCGCCAUUAUUGUUUGUUCUCCAUUGUGACCAUCAGGCAUUACUUCAUGUUUUGGAACAGUCAUCUUCUGAUGUUAGUGAUUUAAUCCAGAAAAUCCUUGAUCCUGCAUUUUUGGAAGCAGAUGCCUAUUCCCUGUUUAAUAUUAUAAUGGAGAUAAUGAAGGAUUAUUAUAAUAUUAACGAUUUUAUCGUAUCAGCGCAAAAACCAACUAAACAUGUAAAGACUACUAGUUCUACAUGUGAUAGUGAAGUUGUUCAAAAGCUUUCCAAAAUACGUGAUACAAUGUUGACAAAACAUGACCCAGAACUAUAUGGGCAUUUAUUGGAUCUGGAUAUUUCAUUUACUACUUUUGGACUCCGUUGGUUGAGGUUACUGUUUGGUGGAGAAUUUUUAUUAAUAGAUCUAUUAGUGUUAUGGGAUGCUAUUUUUGCCACAUCACCUCAAGACUUUGCAUUGGUUAAUCAUAUUUUUGUGGCUAUGUUGGUCCUUAUAAGAAUUCAAUUACUUAAAAGUGACAAUACAGACUGUUUACAUUAUUUAAUGAGGUAUCCUCAUGUCGAUGUGAUGACUGUUAUUGAAUAUGCCUUGCAUAUGUUUGAUCCCAAGAUUUAUAUAUUGCCAUCUGUUAUAAAUUCUCUUAAACACGAUAAGAGCGACAACAUAAAAUCUAAUAUUACAGAACACCACGUAGAACGGCCUAAACUUAUUAGUUAUGUACAAAGACCAAACAGAAAUGCAGCAGAUGACCUACUUGAGUUGUGUAGAAUUAAGUUGACGCAGUAUCAUUCCAUUUUAGAUCCAGCUGUCCCUAUUCAUAAUAAAGAAGCAAGACAAGCUCUAACUGGAAUGCUAGAAUUAUGCGGAAUGCUUAGUUCGCGUCAAGGCAUCAUAGAAAUGGGUAAAGAUGUUGUGCGGAGUACAACAACUCCAAUUGAAACACUCCUUACACCUGAAACACCAGAAGGAGGACCAUUGUUACCUCCCCCUGCUUCUGCUAUCACUAUGAAGGUAUUUCGUAAGACAGAAAAUUCAACUGACUCACAAAUACAAGGAGCACCAAUAAAAAAUCCAUUAAAACAGAUGAAACGUUUUCAACGAGACAACGACAAUACGGGGUCAGGAUGUCGUCUCCGAAGAUUCCCAGAAUUAACGGAGUUCACAAUACCUAAAAAUCAACAGGAAGGUACAAAUAUGAACGCCCGAUCAGUAUGCCUGCACUAAGGAAGAUGUUAAAGUCGAAGUACAUCGCAUCGACACAAACGAGCAGAAUUUGGCUGCUGACGUCGUCAGUUUAAAAACAGAAUCAAUUCCAGGGAUUCGUCAAGCGGGAACACUUGCGUGAGCGAUCACGACGACAAAAAUCUGAGAGGAUGACAAAAAUAUUCCGGACAGACAAACUACUCGGACAGUUGGACAUUGUCCAGAGUACUACAGGAAAACCCGCCAAAGUUGAACAGACUGCGCACAGACUUACCGGCCCUUCCGUGUACACGAAGAUCGCCGGAUCCAAACUGGUGACUUUCGUAAGACCAAAUGACUUGGUCGAACGAAAAAUGGCCAAAGAGAAUUUGUAUUCUAGGCUAACCAUUUGCUCGUAUCGUUGUUUGAUCGGACUGACGCUGAAAAACUCACCAAACGGCUAAUAUACAUGGAUGACAUAUUCAAAUUCGUGUCUAUGAACUUUCCCUACUUCUGGAAAUCGACCGAACGCUGUCGGCGCUAUAUCUUGAACGAGAAGACGUUGUUCCUAACAAUGGACCAGAAACCCAACGGUUAGGUUACGACUUGGAGUACCCGUUGCAGACAAAUCUCAUGUGGCGGGUGAACCCCUCGAGAGCUUACGAAGUGGACGACGCGAUCGCGGCCUGGGUGCAAAAGGACCCGCUGCCGAAAGAAACCGUGUUCCAUUUUCAACGAUUUGAAAUACUUGUGAAGGACGUGAUGUACAAACCGAAUAAAGCGACGUUUGGCGACAGUGGAAGACGCAAUGGCUGUUACAGUGGCGUCAAUUUUGGCUGUAGAAGGAUUUACAACAGCUAGUGCGAGAAGUGAUAGCGGAGACAGUGACGGAGGUGGUAAGAUAGCAGCAGCUGAAGUAAUCAAAAUGAGGGAGAAUAUCUUUUUGAGCUGGUGACGUUAACGCUUGAAGAAACUGAAACUCAGUUGGUAGAACAAGUGUUUUCGGGGCGUACCGGGGAAACGCGGGGCUAUUUAUAUGCAGAAGUCGAGGGGGGAAAUACGCCAAUCAACCCUCAUAGGGUAGGUUCGAACAGGGGAACGGAGAGCAGGCCUCGCUAAAAAAAAAAACCCGCUGGGUAUCCGUGGUGGCCUGUCGCCAUAACCCACUGAAGAAAAUGCCGGUCCGGUGCUCCAAAACCGUCGCAAGCAAUGGACGCGUAUAUAUAUACCACGAUACGUCGAACAAUUAAUGUCAAUUUUUUUUAAUUUGAUUUUAUACAGUUACACGUUAACACAAAACCGUUGUUUAAAAUGUUAUUAUUAUAUUAUUACUUUCAAAAUUGUCGAUUAUAAUAAAACGCGAGCCAUGCAGCUGUUAUAGUUGGCUAUUGCACAUAUACGACUGUUAAAUUCGUUUGAUAUUAUAACUCUCGUCAGAUUAUAUACCUAUGCGGUCGAUAUAUCUUUGGUGUGUCGUAAGUAAAAACGCCAAGUUUUCAGGAAAAGAAUACAUUGAAAAAUUAUUUAAAAUCGUUGAUAAUAAUGUCUUGGCUGAUAAUUAUACUUUAAUACCGUAUACCAAAGAUAUAUGUAUACAAUUUUUUAUUGAAAACUGAAAUUUUAAAUCUUAGUUCCUAUAAUAUAUCUACACCUAAGUUCAAAGAUGUUAUGUGAAUUGAUAAUAAUAUAAGUUUAUACUAUAGUAAAUGUACUUUUAAGUUUAAGCAUUGAGGUAUUUGUAUUACUACCUACAUUAAGGGCCUAUAUAUAUUAUUUCAUAUAUAUAAUUCUAUGCACAAUUCUUCCACGACAAGUUAUUUUUGAGUUUAUGAGAUAUUAUGCCAGUUUAUAUUUCUGUAUUUUAUUAUACCAUACAUAUAAUAGUAAUGAGUAGGUAAUAACUAAAAAC